AUGUCAGAUACUCAAAUGGAAGUAGAUCAACCAGAUGUUAGCGAGUAUGAUCUCGAAAAAAUUAAGCUUCUUCCCGGUGGAUCUGAAGAUGGAACUGCUGCCUCAUUCCAAGUCAUCGAUGAAGAUCAUACAUUAGGAAAUGCAUUACGUUAUAUAAUUAUGAAGAACCCAGAAGUUGAAUUCUGUGGGUAUUCAAUUCCACAUCCUUCUGAAAAUAAACUAAAUAUUAGAAUCCAAACAUAUGGAAACAUUUCAGCAGUGGAGGCUUUACAUCAAGGUUUAGAUAAUUUGAAAGAGUUAUGUUGUGUGAUUGAAGAAAAGUUUAGUGAAAAGAUCGAGGCUGGUGGAUAUUCUACUGCUGAACCAUAG